AUGUCGUCUGGUCAAACAUUAACGAUAUGCUCCCCAGAAUGUUCUGUAACUGUUGGAGAUUUGUCAUCGGGCACAUUAAACACAAAUUAUUGGAUCCUAACACGAAAGACAAGAAAUUUAUUGAUUUUGUCUUUUGCGGAUCUUGUUCUAAGUUUUAUUCUUACUAGAGAGGUUUCUAGUUUUGGAAGAUGUUUUGAUAAAGGAGUUUUUUAUUUUUGGAAUUUAGAAGAAUAUAAAUUUUGA